AUGGUGCGUGCUGCCUCACAUCAGAUACUGCGGCGGCCGCAGACGCCACAGGAGGAUGAUCUGCGGCCACAGUCCUCGCAAGCGUCGUCGCGCCCAGCGCAGCCACUUCGCUCCAGCUCUCCGCACACGGAGUGGCAGGGCCGCAUCCUCGAAGAGCUCACAAAGACUUCGAAGCGCGGGAGGGCUCUCCCGACGCCGCGCUACAAGAAAGAGCCGGAGCUCCUACCCUUGAACUUGUCUUACGAGGACUGUUCCGACGGCAAGUUGCUGCCUGAGGAGGAGUCACCGCAGGAGCUCAAACGGCCACUUCAGAAUGAUGUGAAGCUGACCCGCUCCACCUCGGAGUUGGCACAGUGGCUACCUGACAUCACAGAGGUCAUCUCCCGGUUGAGGGCGGGCGCGGAUGGCUUCUCUUCCACAGAGAUGGAGCGGAUCAACACCGCCUUCCAACGUUUCAAGGAUCCGGACAAUCCGGAGAUCCACAAGGAUGAGCUUCCCAAGGUGCUUAUGCAUCUCGGCUACACGCAAAUCCAUGAUGCCCGCGUCCGUGAUCUUGCAGACGGAAUUACGAGGUAUCCCAUGCUGGAGAAGGCGGAGUUUAUCACCUUCAUGGAGAAACACGUGGAGUACGAGCUGCAUGCCUUCAGGGACAUCUUCGAGAGGUUUGAUGCAGAUGGAAAUGGCUGCCUGGAUGCGGGUGAGCUGCACGUCUUCCUCUCCUCGCUGGGCUUCACUCCGCUGCGGAGUAUCAUCCGAGAGUCCCUGGACCUCGUGGACCUGGACCUCAGACCUGAAGUAUUGAUAUAG